AUGCACAGAUACAACGAGUCAGUGUUGCACAAGUGGACCAAUAACGCAGAGCGGGAGUUGUACUUGAACGGGAACAACCACGACCUCAACGACUCUCGUUUGUUUGACUACAACGAAGAGCUGAAUAAUGCGGUAGAAGAAUCAUGGAUUGAUUUAGAAAAGUUUAACGCGUCAAGACGACAGGACAGGGUCAAUGAAGGUGAAGAAGACGAAGAGGACGAUGAUGAUGAUAGUAGGACUUUAAGAUUAAAUAGUGAAGAGAGCGGCAACGAAGAUGAAUACGUUAAAAACCCGAAUAGAAGAAUCAACUUUGAGCUGAAUGAUGCUAUGGGUACAGAUAUCAAGUCCAAAAGAAGUUUUUGUGAUGGAUAUGACUUGAAUACUUCAUUAACAACUAUCUUGUCGAGAGAAAAACAACAUUCAACUGAAAAUAGCAAAAUCAUGUUUAUGGAUGUUUCAAAUUCUUCAUCAAUGUUAUCUAAUGUUUCAGGCUCAGAAUUAUCAUUUAAAGCUUCCACAAAGAAACGGAAAAUCAAAUCAUCAACAUCACAAUCAAACUCAGGAGACUAUGCCAAUAGUAUAGUUUUCAUAAGUAUCAUUGCGAGCUUGAGUUUUAGUGCUGGAUAUGCUUUAGGUCAAAAGUCCGAAGAAGUUAUUAUUGUCAAGCCCAUCACCAAACUAAAGCCGCGCUCUGCUAGAUUCAACGGUCAGGACUCAGGAACCAACUGGGAAUCCGCCACAAGAUCAUAA